GGAAGUGCGACGUGUCUGAGGAGCCUUUUUAUACCUCCUUCCCUGGAGCCCGGCAGCCACCGCCGCCAUCCGCGUCCCUGCGCCCUGGACCCGGGCUCCGCCAACAGCCGCAGCAUGUCGGGGGUCAAGAAGCAGAAGACGGACCAGCAAAAAUCCACCAAUGUGGUCUACCAGGCCCAUCAUGUGAGCAGGAAUAAGAGAGGACAGGUGGUUGGAACCAGGGGAGGAUUCCGAGGAUGUACCGUGUGGCUCACAGGUCUCUCUGGUGCUGGAAAAACCACCAUAAGUUUCGCUUUGGAGGAGUACCUUGUCUCCCACGCCAUCCCUUGUUACUCCCUGGACGGGGACAAUGUUCGCCAUGGUCUCAACAAGAACCUGGGAUUCUCUGCUGGGGACCGAGAAGAGAACAUCCGCCGGAUUGCAGAGGUGGCCAAGCUCUUCGCCGACGCAGGCCUGGUCUGCAUUACCAGCUUCAUUUCCCCAUUCACGAAGGAUCGUGAGAAUGCUCGCAAAAUCCACGAGUUAGCAGGACUCCCGUUCUUUGAGAUCUUUGUAGAUGCGCCUCUAAACAUCUGUGAAAGCCGAGACGUGAAAGGACUUUACAAACGGGCUCGAGCUGGAGAGAUUAAAGGGUUUACAGGCAUCGAUUCUGAUUAUGAGAAACCUGAAACUCCAGAAUGUGUGCUGAAGACCAACUUGUCUUCAGUAAGUGACUGCGUGCAGCAGGUGGUGGAGCUUCUGCAAGAGCAGAACAUUGUACCCCACACCACCAUCAAGGGCAUCCACGAACUCUUUGUGCCAGAAAACAAAAUUGAUCAAGUCCGAGCUGAGGCUGAGACUCUCCCGUCAUUAUCAAUUACCAAGCUGGAUCUGCAGUGGGUGCAGGUUCUGAGUGAAGGCUGGGCCACUCCUCUCAAAGGUUUUAUGCGGGAGAAGGAGUACCUGCAAAUUAUACACUUCGACACUCUGCUGGAUGAUGGAGUCAUCAACAUGAGUGUUCCCAUCGUGCUGCCUGUUUCUGCGGAUGACAAGGCACGGCUCGAAGGACACAGCAAGUUCGCCCUGAUGUAUGAAGGUCAGAGGGUGGCUAUACUACAAGAUCCUGAAUUCUAUGAGCAUAGGAAAGAAGAGCGUUGUUCCCGUGUGUGGGGAACAGCCACUGCAAAGCACCCCCAUAUCAAAAUGGUGAUGGAAGGUGGGGACUGGCUCGUUGGUGGAGACCUGCAGGUGCUGGAGAGAAUAAGGUGGAAUGAUGGGCUGGACCAAUACCGCCUGACACCUCUGGAGCUCAAACAGAAGUGGAAAGACAUGAAUGCUGAUGCUGUGUUUGCAUUCCAGUUGCGCAAUCCUGUCCACAAUGGUCAUGCUCUGCUGAUGCAGGACACCCGCCGCAGGCUCCUGGAGAGGGGCUACAAGCACCCAGUCCUCCUGCUCCACCCUCUGGGGGGCUGGACCAAGGAUGACGAUGUGCCCCUGAACUGGAGGAUGAAACAACAUGCAGCUGUACUGGAGGAAGGAGUCCUGGACCCUAAAUCAACUGUUGUUGCCAUCUUUCCAUCUCCUAUGUUGUAUGCUGGCCCCACAGAGGUCCAGUGGCACUGCAGAUGCCGUAUGAUUGCAGGGGCCAAUUUCUACAUCGUGGGCAGGGAUCCAGCAGGAAUGCCCCACCCUGAUACCAAGAAAGACCUAUAUGAACCUACCCACGGGGGCAAGGUCUUGAGUAUGGCCCCUGGCCUCACCUCUGUGGAAAUCAUUCCAUUUCGAGUGGCUGCCUACAAUAAAACUAAAAAGGCCAUGGACUUUUACGAUCCAGCAAGGCAUGACGAGUUUGACUUCAUCUCAGGAACACGUAUGAGGAAGCUCGCCCGGGAAGGAGAAGACCCACCAGAUGGCUUCAUGGCCCCCAAAGCAUGGAAAGUGUUGACAGAUUAUUACAGGUCUCUAGAGAAGAUCAACUAAGUGUCCAUGGUUCUAGUCUCUCUGAAAUGCUCUUUGACUAACGAUUUUUUUCUAUUUCUGUGAUUAAAUGUUUUGUAUCCAA